AUGGGUGCAUUUGAGAAGGCCCUUGUGGCAGAUGCCUUCACAAGCUUACGGAAGUGUGUGGAGGCCUUGGGCGAGCCAUGCGAAGGCAACAUCAUGCAUACCUGGAAUUCCUGGGAGCCGCAACCAGACAUGGAAGCGAAGCAGAGGAACUUGUUCCACUUGUCGCAGUCCCUGUCCAAGCGAAGACAUGAACCUCUGCUGCUUGAGAUUGGCUUCAAUGCUGGCCAUUCAGUCUGCUUAAUGAUGCUGGCAAACCCUGCAGUGAAGGUCGUGGCCUUCGAUCUUUGUGAACACGUCUACACCAAACCCUGCGUGGAGGUGCUACAGUCGAUUUUUGGACGGGAUCGUUUGCAACUGGUAGAGGGCUCGAGCACAUCUACUCUGCCAGAAUACCACAAACAACAUCCAUACGUCCAGUUUGACAUGUUCCACAUAGAUGGGGGGCAUCAGUACAAGCAAGCAAGGACAGAUCUUGAAAAUUGCUGCCGUAUGGCACGCAAGGAGUGGGCGUCUAUCAUGGUCUUGGACGACACAGACAUCACGGGGGUCGCUGCUGCAUGGGCUGACUUCAUGGCUGGCGGUCACCUGGUUGAGAGAGCUCCGCCUCAUAAGCUUGGUCGCUUCCGGCAUGGCAUCGGGGAGGUCAUCCCAGAUGGAGUUUCAAAAUGUGGUGGCUGUGGUUCCGCUGAUGCAGAUUGGGCAUGUGGUGGAUGUCGCCAGGUGCGUUACUGCAACGAAUCCUGUGGCAGAUCUCACUGGUCCAUGCACCGAAAGGUGUGCCCAUCCCGGGCACGGCAAGCCCCAGCUCUUGCAUGUCCUAGUCAGCAGAUCGUGCCAAGCCUUCUGCUUGAAAGCCGGCGUGAUGGAGCCUUGCUUGCGGUGCGCGAUCUGCUGCCGGGAGACGUCCUAUUCUCGGAGCCGCCUUUGGCCUGGCAGCCGGCGCCAGCGAUGCGGGCCCGGCUCUGUGCGCGCUGCGGUCGCGCCAAAGACCUGGUCCGGUGCACUGCAUGUCGGCAGGUUUGCUUUUGCCCGCAUUGCGCCGCUUUGCCCAGCCCAUGCGUCAUGUGUCCAGAACUGUCCAUCACGCAAGGACAUGUCGGGGCUUUUACACUUGUCGCGUUGGAGGUGCUCCGCAAUUGGGAAGAAGGUCGUCUUCAGAGCGGCGCCCUGUUGAAGACAUCAGAGGUGCGGGCACGAGAACAAGCCAGGCACUGCACAGCCGCAGUCCAGAAGGUGGCGCAUUUCUGCUCUGCUGUACGCUGGAGCGAUGAGCGUGCCGAAGAGGUCCUCGCGGCUGUCAUCGGCGGUCGCAUUGAGCACACUUCCGCUGGGUCAUCGGUUGGAGUUGGCUACUACCCUGCAAUUGGACGACUCAGAGCUGGCACGGUGCAUAGACAGGCCAGCAUGGGCAAUGUGACCUUGCAGCUCUCGCCAAACUCGGAGCAUGGGUUCGCCAUGCAGGCGAUGGUGAGCACACCGAUUCCCGAGGCUUCAGCCCUCCACCUGGCUUGA